AACAUUUUGUACCGUUGUACUCAAACAAAUGCAACUUUGGUCUAAACUCUAAAUAUUUGAUAAAUUAUAUUUUUUAAUAUUGUACUUAUUGAGUAUUCUCCAAUAAUGUUAUUAAUGUAUAAUAAAUAACAAUUUGUAGUAACAAUAACGAAUUUAAUAUUAAUAUAAUAAUGUCUAAUGCAAACAUGUAGUGAUAUCAUUUGUUUACUCAGAGUAUCCUAGAAAUGGCAGACUUAUCCUAUGCAUUACCUCUGCUGUUACUUCUAACGGCUACAUUGACUCAUUUUUGCUUGCAUAGAGUUGACGAAGGGCAUGUGGCUGUCUAUUAUAGGGGUGGAGCAUUACUAUCUCAAAUUAGUUAUCCUGGUUACCACAUCAUGAUGCCCUUCCUAACAACUUUUCGGUCUGUACAAGUUACACUUCAAACAGAUGAAGUGAAAAAUGUCCCUUGUGGCACAAGUGGUGGUGUAAUGAUUUAUUUUGAUCGAAUUGAAGUGGUCAAUAUUCUAAAUGCUGAUAGUGUUUUUGAUAUUGUUAAGAAUUAUACUGCAGAUUACGACAAGACAUUAAUAUUCAAUAAAGUUCAUCAUGAACUUAAUCAGUUCUGUAGUGUUCAUAAUUUACAUGAAGUAUACAUAGACUUAUUUGAUCAAAUUGAUGAAAAUCUUAAAGUGGCAUUGCAAAAAGAUUUAACAGAAAUGGCUCCUGGACUCAAAGUACAUGCUGUACGCGUCACUAAACCUAAAAUACCAGAGACUAUACGCAAAAAUUAUGAAAUCAUGGAAGCAGAAAAAACUAAACUUCUCAUUGCUGAACAAAGACAAAAAGUCGUUGAAAAAGAAGCAGAAACAGAACGUAAGCGUGCUAUUAUAGAAGCUGAAAAACAAGCACAAGUAUCAAAAAUAGAAUUUGAACAGAAAAUUAUGGAAAAAGAAUCUAUAAAACAGAUAUCUGUAAUAGAAGAUACAAUUCAUUUGGACAAAGAAAAGAGUGCAGCAGAUGCCGAAUUUUACCGUAUUAAAAUGCAAGCCGAUUCUAAUAAGUUAUUACUAACUAAAGAAUACUUAGAAUUUAAACGCAUAGAAUCAUUAGGAAAUAAUACUAAAGUUUAUUAUGGACCUGAUCUCCCAAAAAUUUUCAUGCAACAAUAUGUUCCAUUAUAAAAAAAUAUUAACUUAAGUUGAACUGCAAUUUUAUUGUAUAAAUUAUAAGAACUGAAAAUAUAUCUUAAGAGCUCAGCGAGUGUUACUUUGUUACUAGUCAAUUUUGCGUUUAAAAAAUAGUUUCGUAUUAUAUUCUAAUGAAAAGUAAAUAAACCAAAUGUUUAAUCAUUAAGACUUGCAUGUAUAUAAUAUACAUAAAUAUUUUUAAUUUUUAAUUAUUAUGGAAUUGAAUUAAUAAUAAAAUAACAUUGUAUAAUAUAA